CGGAGGCUGCAGCCUCGCUCUGGUCCCUGCGGCUGGCGGCCGAGCCGUGUGUCUCCUCCUCCGCCGCCGCCAUAUUGUCUGUGUGAGGCUAGGGGAGCGCGGCGAUUGCCGCUGCCGCUUCCACCGCAGUGUGAAGAAAAAGAGUCUGAAACAAAGUCUUACCAACGUCUGCUUUUGAACACAGUGACUGCCGGAUCUUCAAACAUCAAGUUCAGCUUUGUCUGUCAACCUGUCUGACAUGGCGGGACCCGUGCCAAGCAGGGCCAGAGUUUACACAGAUGUUAACACACACAGACCCCGAGAGUACUGGGAUUAUGAAUCACAUGUGGUGGAAUGGGGAAAUCAAGAUGACUACCAGCUUGUUCGAAAAUUAGGCAGGGGCAAAUACAGUGAAGUGUUUGAAGCCAUCAACAUCACAAAUAAUGAAAAAGUUGUUGUUAAAAUUCUCAAGCCAGUAAAAAAGAAGAAAAUUAAGCGUGAAAUAAAGAUUUUGGAGAAUUUGAGAGGUGGCCCCAACAUCAUCACACUUGCAGACAUCGUAAAAGACCCUGUGUCACGAACCCCUGCCUUGGUUUUUGAACAUGUAAACAACACAGACUUCAAGCAAUUGUACCAGACGUUAACAGACUAUGACAUUCGAUUUUACAUGUAUGAAAUUCUGAAAGCCCUGGAUUAUUGUCACAGCAUGGGGAUUAUGCACAGAGAUGUGAAACCCCAUAAUGUCAUGAUUGAUCAUGAGCACAGAAAGCUUCGGCUAAUAGACUGGGGUUUAGCUGAGUUUUACCACCCAGGCCAAGAGUAUAAUGUCCGAGUUGCUUCUCGAUAUUUCAAAGGUCCAGAGCUACUUGUAGAUUAUCAGAUGUAUGAUUAUAGUUUGGAUAUGUGGAGCUUGGGUUGUAUGCUGGCAAGUAUGAUCUUCCGGAAGGAGCCAUUUUUCCAUGGACAUGACAAUUAUGAUCAGUUGGUGAGGAUAGCCAAGGUUCUGGGAACAGAAGAUUUAUAUGACUAUAUUGACAAGUACAACAUUGAAUUAGAUCCACGUUUCAACGAUAUCUUGGGCAGACACUCUCGUAAGCGAUGGGAACGCUUUGUCCACAGUGAAAACCAGCAUCUUGUCAGCCCUGAGGCCUUGGAUUUUCUGGACAAGCUGCUUCGAUAUGACCACCAGUCACGGCUCACUGCAAGAGAGGCCAUGGAGCACCCUUACUUCUACACUGUUGUGAAGGACCAGGCUCGAAUGAGUUCCACUAGCAUGGCAGGGGGCAGCACGCCUGUCAGCAGCGCCAACAUGAUGUCAGGGAUUUCUUCAGUGCCAACCCCUUCACCCCUUGGACCUCUGGCAGGCUCACCAGUGAUUGCUGCUGCCAACUCACUUGGGAUACCUGUUCCAGCUGCUGCUGGCGCUCAGCAGUAAUGACCCCCAUCUAUCUUCUGAUACCUGAGCAGAGGUGGGGAAGUCCACCCUCUCCUUGAUGCAGCUUGCGCCUGGCUGGGAGGGGUGAGAACACUUCAGAAGCACCGUGUCUGAACCGUUGCUUGUGGAUUUAGUAGUUGAGUCAUAAAAAAAAAAUUAUAGGCUGAUUUUCUUUCUUUCUUUUUUUUUUUUUUUUUUUUAAAUCUUGGACUUUUCAUAACUCAGGGGAUUCCCUGAAAAAAUUACCUGCAGGUGGAAUAUUUCAUGGACAAAAUUUUUUCUCCCCUUUCAAAUUCAGUUUAUCACCACUAAAGAACAAAGAUAAACUGGCCUCAGUCCCAGCUGCUGCGUUUGGGUGGAGAUUUCAUCCCCUUCCCACAUUGCUCUCUCCACAUUGAACACUCUUGGGGCUUAUAUCUCAUGUUCUUCUCCAGAGGUUGUAAACUGUAGUUCAUCAAGGGAAGAGGGGAGGGGAAGGUGGGGAGGGUGGACCCUGUCCCUCCUGGAACACUGUUCUGCUGCCCGGCCACUUCAUCUCUUCUCCCAGGACUGCAUCCCUUCAUCUCUUGUCUCCAGGGCUGCAUCCCUGGCUUCCUCCGGCUCUGCUGGAGGUGGGUCUGUCUUAUUUACAUCAAGAUGUUAAAAGUCUACCCAACUUNCAGACAGAUCUGAAGCUUUUUUCUGAACGAAUCAUGUCUUACUAACUUAACCCUAAAUGAUUUUAAUUUUAGUUUCUAUUUGUGAUACUUUCUGGGCUCCUUCUUUGGUCUUUCCCUUUUCAUUUCCAGACAUGCUGUGCUUGAUAGCUGCUAGGAGAGGGAAGGCAAAAUCUUUUUCAGUUUUCUUUGACUUGGCCAUUUUGAAGACAGUUANUUAGUGGGCAUAAUUUAUUGCUUUUUAAAAAAGAAAUAUUGUCCAUAUAAGUUUCAUGCUAGCACUCUUAGGAGCUUAUGGGUGAUGUGGCCGCACUGGGUUCAUUUUAAGCUUUGUCCUUUCUCCCCCCUGCCUUGCCCUUUCUUCACAUGCCAUCCAGUGAGGAGCCCUGCUCUCAGAAUUGGAAGUGUGUUUGAGAGGCAGGAGCAGAGCCACUAUCUCCAGUGAACCAGAAAUGGUAGACCUGUAAUUGUGGGAAACUAUCAGUUCUCUUGUUAUGGCCCUGCCAUCCCUUGCUGUGUGUAUAUAUAUAAUACUUUGUCCUUCAUAUGUGAAAGAUCCAGUGUUGGAAUUCUUUGGUGUAAAUAAACGUUUGGUUUUAUUUAUCAAGGUUAGAUUUAAGUUCCCUGUGUAAAGGUCUCGCUGGGUGGGUGUCUCACAUUCAAACCUGAGGGGACUACAGCCCAUACCAUGGAAGCUUCCCAAGGCCCUCAUUUUUAUACACCCCUCAUUUGACCCAUGGUACUGGGCAGGGCAGAGAGGCCUUAAAAAGCACCACAAGCCAAAGCGUCUCUGGGGAUUAAGGAUCCUUUGCCAUAAAACUCAUUCUGUGUCUCAGCAUUGCAGGGAUUGGGGAUAGGAAAAGUCGCCAGUUUUUGUGUGUUUGUGUGUGUAUAAAGUGGACUUUCCACUGUAAUCCAACCACCUAAGUUUAUCAGGUGCUUCACUGAGGAAGCCUAGUUUUUUAAGCACAAUAGCAAAACAUCAGCUCUGUAUUUUCUCCUGUUAUUUCAUUACAGUAGCUGCCUGUGGGGACUAGGAAAAAAAAUCUUCCAACAUAUUUUAAGGCCUAAAAUCUUAGUUCCCCAUUCUCCUACCUUUUUAGAUUCAUAAGCCUUUCUCACCUGGCAUUAUAGAUAAAACAUAAUUGUUUGGGGAGUUGAAUUUAAUUAACUUACCUAACUUUGUAACCCAUCUUGGCUUUAGUAACUUUAUCAAGGUGGUGGCUUUAGCGAAUGUAAUGAUAAAAGUAGAGGAUGCUAAUGCUGUUCUUAACGUUUCUCAGCCACAGAGAGAGCUAAAAGGACGGCAGAGUGAGUUUCUUCUCUUUGGCCACUUGCAGUGACUAUUUAUUGUACUCGAUUCUUGUGUGCCCUAGCGUGCUAUGAAGGUCACCAUGUUGGAUUUGUGCAGAGCUGAAAGCACCAGGUGUGCCAGAGAUGCAGUUUGUGAUUAUGUUUGCACUGGAUCGUGAUUUGAACAAGACACUUAGACUGAUGAAUUCUUUCUUUUGAGGUGGAAAGGAAAGUUGUAGAUCAGGACUCCACACCCUGCUCACAGCUCAGAAGUAUAGGUGUGUCUGAGGCUGGUGUGGACAGCUAUGGAUAACUGGGCCUCCUCACACAUCAAACCUGUGCAAGAGCUGAGGAUAAAUGCAGAGGACUCUGGUGUGCCACCAAAGAGCCCUUUAAAUAAAUCAAAGCUUAAAAGAAAAAAAGGAGUCAUUGCAGAAAUGUGGAGAGUUUUAAAAGAUCUGAGUGGGGGCGGGGGGUAGGGAGGGUCAGGGUUUACAGAGUAACAACUUCUGUGUUGUAAAUUACCUCAUCUGUACACCUUGUAUUGGGACACUAUUUCUCAGCACUUCCUGUGUCGGUAUUGCUUAGAUGGCGGGAUGGAUGCCAAUAUGAAACAGCUGUGUUGGCAGUUACUCUGAAAGUAUUUUUUAAUUUUGUUUUGAAGUGUGCCCUUCCCCCCUUUAAGUUUAAAGUCAGAAUUCCCCUCCUUGAUUUAUUGGUUGUAAUUGUAUUGUAAUUGGUAUGACUAAGACAUAACUGUGCUGGGAAGAAGUUGUGCCAUGAAGGUCUUUAAUUUUUUUUUUUUUUAAAUAAAAACAUUUAAAUCAAUGAAAUCUCCAUGCAGCCUGAGCAAUAUGCUUCUCCAACCGACACCGUGUGUAAUAAAGGAUGGUUUAGUUUU